CCUUUCAUAGGUAAACAAAAACAUAUGUUUUUUCUCUGGCGACAAAAAGGAACAUCUCCGCCUUUACCAUGUCCACCAAAACCAUUGAAAGCAAAUUGCUGUUAAAUGAAUUAAAGGAAAAGUGGCAACAAUUACAAUCCGUUCCGAACAUCUUUGCCUAUCGUCUAAAUGUAACCGAAAGUAAAAUUCUUCCAGGCAACUAUGGUUUUUAUUCAGAGUUCAAUCCUGACCGCACUGCCCUGCGUAGAGCACCACAAACAAUUCUAUCACUGGAUCCUGCAUUCGAUGAAAAGAAAUUUAAUUUUAAGAAAAUUAAACCAGAAGAGUGUUUAAUGAAUGUGGAAUAUGAGGGCAGUAAGAUAUCCAUGAUUAUUAACAACAGUCCCCUGACACGUUAUCACACGCUUAUUUGUCCUGAUGUUCACUUGGGUUUACCACAACGUAUUUGUGAAAAAGCUUUGAGAUUUUGUGUAGAUUUUCUAAUGAACCUAAUUGAGAAUGGCGAAAGUAAUAUCCGCAUUGGUUACAACAGUCCCGGAGCUUUAGCAUCUGUAAAUCAUUUACAUUUGCAUUUAAUGUUUAUUGAACAAGAAUUGUAUAUUGAUCGGGCAGAACUACAAUUUCUCAGCCAAUCAGAGGUUUUGCGUAUAUCUCCAAACAUGCCUACCGAAGCCAUAUGUUUCCAAUUUAAGGCGGAAGAUACAGAGGCUAUAAUACUUAAAAAAGUACAAAAAUUAAAUGCAUUCCUGCAAUGGCUGUGUACAAACAAUAUGCCCCAUAAUUUAUUUUUAACACCAGAAAGGAUUCCAAGCAAAGAAAAGAUGUUAAAAGUAUUUGUUUUUGUAAGGCAAGAAUAUUGUAUUGUAAAAAAUCUCAACACUUACAAUAUAGGAUUUUGUGAACUGGCUGGAUAUGUUCCAGUGGGAGCAAAACAACUAUAUGAUCAAUUGCAAGAGGAGGAUAUUAUACAAACUAUUAAUACAGAAACUGGAAAUGUGUUUAGUCAAAUUUACAAUUAUUUUUUAAAUGUCAUCUAGUUAUUUUAUCAUAUGUGUUUUCAUUUAUUUG